AUGACCGCCCUCGGUCGUGCUUCGGGGGUCCGCGCCGGCGGCUGGGGGCACGCGGGGCGCGCCGUGCGGGGACCGCCCCCGCCUCUGCCCGUCCUCUUUGUGGUGUUGGUGGCGGCGCCCGGCACUCGCGCCGCGGGGUACGAGACAUGCCCCACGGUGCAGCCAGACAAGCUGAAUGUUCACCUGCUGGCCCACACACAUGAUGACGUGGGCUGGGUCAAGACAGUGGACCAGUACUACUAUGGGGUUUAUAAUAACCUCCAGCACGCUGGUGUGCAGUACAUCCUGGACUCGGUCAUUUCUGCCCUGCGGGCAGAGCCCAGCCGCAGGUUCGUCUACGUGGAGAUGGCCUUCUUCUCCCGUUGGUGGCACCAGCAGACGAACGCAACCCAGCAAGCCGUGCGGGAGCUGGUGCGCCAGGGGCGCCUGGAGUUUGCCAACGGUGGCUGGGUGAUGAACGACGAGGCGGCCACCCACUAUGGCGCCAUCGUGGACCAGAUGACGCUGGGGCUGCGCUUCCUGCAGGACACGUUCGGCGACGACGGGCGCCCCCGCGUGGCCUGGCACAUCGACCCCUUUGGGCACUCUCGGGAACAGGCUUCGCUCUUUGCACAGAUGAGCUUUGAUGGUGUCUUCUUGGGGCGUGUGGAUUACCAAGACAAAGCAGUGCGGGAGAAGAAGCAGGAGAUGGAGCUGGUGUGGCGGGCCAGUGCCAGCCUGCAGCCCCCGACCGCUGACCUCUUCACUGGUGUGCUCCCCAAUGUUUAUGACCCCCCGAGGUAUCUGUGCUGGGACAGGUUAUGCGAUGACAAGCCUGUGGUGGACGACCCCAGCAGCCCUGAGCACAACACCAAGGAACUGGUUGAUUACUUCCUCAACGUGGCUGCUACCCAGCAUCAGUCCUACCGCACCAACCACACCGUGAUGACCAUGGGUAGUGACUUCCAUUAUGAGAACGCCCACAUGUGGUUCAAGAACCUUGACAAGCUCAUCCGGCUGGUCAAUGCACAGCAGCAGGCAUCCGGAAGCCGCGUCCACGUGCUGUACUCCACCCCCGCCUGUUACCUCUGGGAGCUGAACAAGGCCAACCUCACCUGGUCGCUGAAAGAGGACGACUUCUUUCCCUAUGCCGAUGGCCCGCAGCAGUUCUGGACCGGCUACUUCUCCAGCCGGCCGGCCCUCAAGCGCUAUGAGCGCGUCAGCUACAACUUCCUGCAGGUGUGCAAGCAGCUGGAGGCGCUGGCGGGCCCGGCGGCCAACGUGGGCCCCUAUGGGUCAGGAGACAGCGCUCCCCUAGAGGAGGCCAUGGCGGUGCUGCAGCACCACGACGCCAUCACGGGCACCUCCCGCCAGCUCGUGGCUGAAGACUACGCGCGCCGGCUGGCUGCCGGCUGGGGGCGCUGCGAGGUUCUCCUGAGCAACGCCCUGGCGCGGCUCAGCGGCUCCCAGGAGGCUUUCUCCAUCUGCCCGGAGCUCAACAUCAGCGUCUGCCCGCUCAGCCAGACGUCGGCGAGCUUCCAGGUCACCAUUUACAACCCCCUGGCCAGGAAGGUCAACCGCAUGGUGCGGCUGCCGGUCAGAGCAGGCGCUUUCCUCGUGAAGGACCCCAGUGGCCACGCUGUGCCCAGCGAUGUGCUGCUGCUGCCCCAAGCAGAGGGCCAGAAGCCCAGCCCAGAGCUGCUGUUCUCCGCCUCGGUGCCGGCCCUGGGCUUCAGCAUCUACUCCGUAGCUCAAGUGUUUCCAGAGAAACCCAAGGUCCACAGGGCCCAGCCCAGCCCUGAGAAAUCAGGUAGCUUUGUUAUCCACAAUGAGUUCAUCUGGGCUACGUUCAACCAUGAGACAGGCCUCUUGACUCAGAUUGAGGUCAUGGACCAGAAACUCGUGCUGCCCGUGAACCAGACUUUUUUCUGGUAUAAUGCCAAUACAGGUGUCCUACAAAACGAUCAGGCCUCUGGUGCCUACAUCUUUAGUCCCGAUGGAAUGCAACCAUUGCCUGUGAACAGCUCAGCUCAGAUCCGCCUGCUGAAGACGCCCUUGGUGCAGGAGGUGCACCAGAACUUCUCAGCCUGGUGUUCCCAGGUGGUUCGCCUGUACCGUGGACAGCGCCACCUGGAGCUCGAGUGGACAGUGGGGCCCAUCCCUGUGGAUGACAAGUGGGGGAAGGAAGUGAUCAGUCGUUUCGACACACCGCUGGACACCAAGGGCUAUUUCUACACAGACAGCAACGGCCGGGAGAUCCUGAAGAGGAGGAGGAAUUAUAGGCCCACCUGGAACUUGACCCAGACGGAGCCGGUGGCUGGGAACUACUAUCCAGUCAACACUCGAAUUUACAUCACGGACGGGAAGAAGCAGCUGACGGUGUUGACGGACCGCUGCCAGGGGGGCAGCAGCCUGCAGGACGGCUCCCUGGAGCUCAUGGUGCACCGAAGGCUGUUGAAAGAUGACAGACGUGGUCUGGGGGAGCCGCUGCUAGAGAAGAAGUCAUGGGUGCGGGGGCGCCACCUCGUGCUGCUGGACGCUGUGGGCAAGGCGGCCGUGGGGCACCGGCUGCUGGCAGAGAAGGAGGCCCUGGCCCCGCAGGUGGUGCUGGCGCCGGGUAGGGCCACUCGCUACCACCCCGGGGCUGCCCUGCACAAACAGUUCUCAGGGCUGCGCUGGGCGCUCCCACCCUCCGUGCACCUGCUCACCCUGGCCCGCUGGGGCCCAGACACUCUGCUGCUGCGCUUAGAGCACCAGUUCGCCAGCGGGGAGGACUCAGGCCGCAACUUGAGCUCCCCUGUGACCUUGAAUUUGCUGAACAUGUUCUCCACCUUCACCAUCACCCACCUGCAGGAGACCACGCUGGCAGCCAACCAGCCCCGGGCCAGCGCCUCCAGGCUCAAAUGGACACCAAACACCGGCCCUGUACCCCACCCCUCUGCGCCCCCCUUGGACAGUACCACCAUCACACUGCAGCCCAUGGAGAUCCGCACAUUUGUGGCUUCGGUCCAGUGGAAGGAGGACGUUUGGGUCCGCAGGAACGCCCCCUUCUCAGCCUGA